AUGGACUUAUUACAAUAUUCCACACUCUCCUACCUAGCCAUUUUUACAUUCUCUUUCCUUCUCCUUCUCAAAUUUCUCAUUCCAACUACCAAACCCAACCAAAAAAACCACUCCAAACUCCCACCAGGUCCUUCACCACUUCCCAUAAUAGGAAACCUUCUAAAACUAGGAAACAAACCACACCAUUCCUUAGCAAACCUUUCCAACAUCCAUGGACCAAUAAUGACACUGAAACUAGGACAAAUAACGACCAUAGUUAUAUCCUCAGCAGACAUGGCAAAAGAAGUUCUACAAACACAUGAUAACUUACUAUCAAACCGAACCGUCCCUGACGCACUCUCCGUCCUCAACCACGAUCAAUAUAGUCUCUCUUUUAUGCGGGUUUCGCCUCGCUGGCGUGACCUUAGAAAAAUAUGCAAUAACCACUUGUUUUCGAAUAAGACCUUGGAUUCGAGCCAGGCGCUUAGGCGGAGGAAAUUACAGAACUUGUUAGAUGAUAUUAAAAAGUGUAGCGAAAACGAAGAAGCUGUGGAUAUUGAAGAGUUGCUUUUAUGA